AUGGCAUCUGGCCUUCCCGUCAUCCAACCCCCCGAGACGCCUUCCCCGCCUGCCAUUGUCGAGACGACCGCUUGGGACGACAGCCUCGACUUGGAUGACGGCGGCUUCCUGAGCCCCAAUUCCGCGACCUUCCGUCGCGGCCCUCCCUCUCCCGUCGCUACCACCUCCUUCCUGAGCCCGGCCGACGGACGCGGUCUGUUGCGACCGCCCUCGCCCUCCAUGGCUUCCGACGACACCUCCACCGACAGCAGCGGCGCUGCCGCCCCCGCCCAGAACCCCUUCAACUUCAAGACGCAGAUCAUAUCUACGUCGCCAGUCAAGUCGAACAUCGGACAGCGCCGUGGCCACCGAUAUAAGCACAGCUCCAUAUCAGCACAGCACCAGAUAUUCCAGGAGCCACCGCCGAGGGCGCCGCCCGUCCUCCCCGCGUCUCUCCCCGUGCCGACCGUCAAGGAGGCUUGGGCUAGCAUGCAGCGCGACCAACGGGCUCGCAUGUACUGGUGUCUCUGCCACGCUGCCGUCGCCGUCUACGUCUUCUUCAGCGCGUCUGGAUCCCUGGCCAUGACGGCCCUAUCCCACCUCGUCUUUUUCGACGUCGGCUCUGCGGCCGUCUGUGUAGCAGUCGAUGUCUUGGGCAACUUUGAGGUCUGGCGCCGAUCUAGCGUCCGCCAUCCUUUCGGCCUUCAGCGCGCCGAGGUCCUCGCCGGCUUCGCGACCUCCAUCUUCCUCGUCUUUGGGGGCUUUGAUCUUAUCAGCCACAAUCUCAAGCACCUGCUCGAGUCUGUCGGCCACCACGAGCCGCACUCAUCCCAUUCGCACGGUGGCGCCGGCGGUCGCAAUGUGUCCCCCGGCCAGGUCGACCUGGCCAGCCUCGCCGCCGUCGUGAGCACGCUGAUCAGCGCGUACGGGCUGAAGAACCACGCCCGAAUCCGCCGCGCCAUGCGCGUCCGCUACCCCUCCUACCUCUCCUCCCUGCUACCCGGCGUCCUCAACAACCCGUUCCACUUCCUCACGCUCUUCUUUUCCUUCCUCAUGCUGCUCUUGCCCUUGCUCUCGAUCGCCGUCUUCGUCUGGCUUGACACCCUCAUCUGCGCCGCCAUCGCCGUUUCCAUGUUCGUCCUGGGCCUGCGCCUCGCCGUCGCCCAGGGCCUCAUGCUGCUCAUGUCGUUCUCUGGUCGUGGCGGGGGCGGCGACACCGGCGAUAUGGACAAGGACGGCAGCGUGUCGGCCGUCGUGCGCGAGAUCGAGGCCGAGCCCAACGUCGCGCGCGUCGACGAGGCGCAGUUCUGGCAGGUCCACUACGGCUUGUGCAUGGCCAACCUCAAGGUCUGCGUCGUGCGCGGGUGCGACGACUCGGCGCUCAGUCAGCUGCGGUCCAGGAUAGCGCGGAUGAUCCAGAACCGGCUCGGCGAAGGGUACGGCCGGGGUUCGAGCUUGAGGUGGGAGGUGACGACGCAGAUGAGCACGGAUGGUAGCUGA